CCCACCUUUUAAGUUAUUUUAAGCUCACCCAAAUUGUAUAUUGGAAGCAUUUAUAUGCUACUAGAUCAUAUUCACGAUCUUUAAAGUUCCAAUAUCCGAAAAUAGUUCACAAUAUUUACGUUUAUCUCUAAGCCUCGACGUGGUUCCACCAACUAUAAAUACACGCGACUAAAAGAAUCCUUCUUCACACAUGUUCCAAAGUUCAACACUUUUUCUUCAUUGCGAAACUUAAUCCAAUCUCAAAAUUUCUUCGAUCUGAUACUUAUUUUCUCACGAAAACUUCUCUUCCUUAACUACUCUCAAGCAAUGACUACCCCCUCACCCCACCUUACCCUAUAUUUAGUUCAACAAGUUAUAGUAGGGUUUUGAUCAAAAUACCCAAAAGGAAAAGAGAGAAAAUGUGGAAGCUUAAAGUUUCAGAAGGGGAUGAUCCGUGGCUUACAAGUGUAAAUAACCAUUCUGGUAGACAGUACUGGGAAUUUGAUCCUAACCUAGGAACACCAGAAGAACAAGCUGCCAUUGAAAAGAUUCGCGAGGAGUUUCACAAUAACCGUUAUAAUAUCAAACAUAGUUCUGAUUUGCUAAUGCGACUUCAGCUUGCAAAGGAGAAUCCUGUUGAGGUAGAGUUGCUGCAGCAGGUUAAAAUAGAAAGUGAAGAAGAAAUAACAGUUGAAGCAGUGGAAAUAACAUUGAAAAGAGCCCUAAGAUUCUAUUCAACUCUUCAGGUUGAAGAUGGACACUGGCCUGCUGAUUAUGGUGGCCCUUUGUUUCUCAUGCCAGGCUUGGUGGGAGCUCUCUUAUUUCAGUUCAUCAUUUUUUUCUGACUUUGUCAACAUAUCAUAGCCCUAUUUUGUCAUAAUUUCUUAGAGAAUAAUGCUAUUUGCAACCGUUCACUACCACAAUCGCUUUACGUGACAUACAUGUGACGGUUAGUAA